AUGGAGUCUAUGAAUUUAAAAAUAGAAAAGCUCCGUGACAGUGAUAAUUGGCUUCAAUGGCGUUUCGUUAUACGCACAUUGUUAGAGGAAGACGAUGAUACGCUUAAUGUGUGCGAAGGAAAACUGGACCGUCCAGCUGAAGACUCAGUAAAUUAUCAAGUCAACCUACAGAAGUUUUUAAAGGCUGAUAAAACAGCUCGCAGGUUGAUCGUGACAUCAGUAGAGAAAAAACCUCUUGACUUACUCUUGAGUUGCACAACUGCACGAGAGAUGUGGGAGAAACUUAAUGCAGUUUACGAUAUGAAAUCUGACGAAAAUUUAUCAAUUGUGCAAAAACAAUUUUUUGAUUUUAAGUGGGACUCUGGUGAAAGUGUUAGUCAUAACUUGGCAAAUGUUGAACAGCUGACGACUAAAAUGAAGAGUCUUGGUGGUGCAGUUUCGGGUUCCAUGAUAUUGACACGCAUAUUGUCAAUAUUACCUAAGAAAUUUAAUCACUUUCACAGUGCGUGGGAUUCCGUGGAAGAUAGGAAGAAAACUCUUGAAAAUUUGACGGCGCGAUUGAUGACUGAGGAAGUUAGAACUCAAGAACAGGAUAGCUCCGGGGACAUGGCUGUGGCAUUAUUGAUGAAACGAAGGUCGUCAAAUACAUCGUUUCCGAAAAAUAAUUAUAACCACAGACCGAAUCAAGAUGAGCGUCGAAAGAAUAGUUUUUCUGGAUGUUAUACGUGCGGCAAAGUAGACCACAUCCGAAAAGAUUGUAUUGGUUGCAACGUAUGUGGAUCAAAAGGACAUCUCAGCAGGAACUGUUUUAAGAAGAAUGGAAAUUUCCGCACACGAAGCAGCGGUGGUGUACAUACAGUGCAGCAGACUUCGACCUCGGCCUACAAGCAGGCUUUUGUAGGAAGCAGCAGCGAAUUCAAGGGCGAAGACUGUUGGAUUAUUGAUAAUAACAAUAACGCGUCAGCUAGGAAGCAAAAAUAA